UUCAGUUACCACUGAAAUCCGAUUUCAACAUGAAGCCAUACAUGAAAAUCAUUGACAGUUCUAGAAAAGUUUGGUUGCAUCCUCCCUUUUAGGUAUUAACCUGAAAUGUAUUUUGUGAAUAUCACGUCAACGACUCUAUAAAUACCGUACAACACCUGCUUCUUUUUGACAACCUAGAACCGAGCAAAAACAGUGUGAGCAGGAAAUCUGCAGAAUCUUCAAGGACAUCUGACAUUCAAUAAUUCAUUCAUUCUGAUAGCAACAUGCUUGUUGAGGGGCGUCUUAUUACACUUUUUAAACAGAAUUGGCAGCACACACUGACAUAUUGGAGUGUGUUCUUUAGUUUUGGACUCUGUAUAGCAUUCCUGGGGCCCACCAUAUUAGAUCUGAAAUGUCAGACCAACUCAACGCUACAGGAGAUCACUUGGGUUUUCUUCUCGCAGCAGGUCUGUCUGCUUAUUGGCAGUGCGAUUGGCGGAGUUUUCAAGAGAACGUUGCUCAAUGCUCUCUCUGCUCUCUUCCUCUCUUCUCUCCUCAUUUCUUUAAUUUUUGCCAUAAUUCCUCUCUGCUACAACGUAUUGCAAUUAGCCAUAGCUAUGGCUGUGUCAGGACUGGCGAUGGGUAUCAUUGACACAAUUGCAAACGUUCAGCUGGUUGUUCUUUAUCAGAAAGACUCUGCAAUCUUUCUACAGGCAUUGCACUUCUUUAUUGGAUUGGGUGCUCUGGUGAGUCCCCUAAUCGCAGAUCCUUUCCUUUCAGAGCACUGUCCCAGUAUGAACAACACAGAGGAUGAGGCAAUAAUGCACCACUUCAGACACAGUCUGGCAGGUCUCAGGAGUCCUGUGCUUUUCAACCACUCAGAGCAUUCUGGAGAAGUCAUGGAGCAGUCCAAUGUGUCCUGUGCAUUCUGGAUCAUGGCUCUGAUUAAUCUACCAGUACCCAUUUCAGUGCUUGUGCUAAUGUACUGUGAAAAUCUGAUCCCACGUUGCCCAAAUGAACCUUCACAUCUCAAGAAAAAAGAUGAGCUGGCCAAGAAGACCAAAACAACUGAGUGUGCAGAGGGACAAGACCAAGUAUUUGGAGGUCAUGGAAACCCUUUAAGCUGCUGUAUGAAUGGUAGGCUGCGUGGCUUUCCUGCCUCGUUCUUUGGAGUCCAUAUUUUGGGAGGACUGGUCCUAUUCAUGACUGAUGGCAUUGUGGGUGCCUAUGCUGGUUUUGCAUACACAUACGCUGUCUCGCCUCCAAUAUCACUGAAUGCUAAAACAGCUGGCUAUUUACCCUGUAUCUUCUGGGCUGCAAUCACGGGAGGAAGGUUGAUGUCCAUUCCAUUGGCCUAUCGCUUCAGACCAGUGUACCUGCUCAUGUUCAGUCUGGUUGGUGUAAUAGUGACAGUAUUGCUGUUGCUGAUUUUCUACACUAGUACCAUAUUCCUGUUUGUAGGGACAUGUUUACUUGGUCUGUUCCUCAGCAGCAUUUUUCCAUGCAUGCUUGCUUACACCGAGGACAUUCUAGACUACCAGGGAUGUGCCACCACAGUUGUAGUUACCUCUGCUGGAAUGGGUGAAAUGGUCCUCCAGGUCGUGAUUGGAUCGAUCAUUCAGAUGGAAGGCAGUUAUAGUUUCCUCCUCUGUGGUAUGAUUGCUGGCUGCACUGGAUUUGCUCUUUUCUUUGGCCUUAUGCUGUGUCAUUACUUCCACAGAAAGUACCUAAAAGGAAGAUCUCAAAGGACAGCUAUGGUGGAGAAACCAGAACCAGUGGUGUUUUCAUGUGAAGCUCCAGAGAAGAAGGCGGAGAAAGCAGAAAAAAUAAAAUGGGAGAAAACAGAGAUAAACACCAAGUUGUAAAUGUAAAAAACUGGUAAAAAAUAAUCCAUAAAUCUGAAACUCCAGAAACUACUUGAAACAUACAUAACUUCUGAUGAUCAGGUAAUGGUUCAGAGUAAGAGCUCUACUGGGUCAGAGUUAUAUUUGCAAACACUUUGUUAUGAUCCAGGAUUUUCUGUGGCAUGGCAUAACCAAUAAAUAUGCCUGCAUAAUACAGACAACUGUCUUUUCAGUUAGAAGCUGAAGGGUAAACUAGUUUUCAGCAAUUAUAAUUCUGCUAAGCGUUACAUCAAAACAAGACUGUAGGAGAUGCUUAUUUGUACAAUUUCAGUGAUUUCUGUUAGACUUCACUAUUGACUUCUUUUAGAAGUCAAUAGUGUUGGAUCAUGUUUCCACUAUGUUGGAGUGCUGUCUAGACCUACUGCAUCAUCCAGUCCACUGUUCUUUCAAAAAUAUUUAUCUUAUUUAUUGUUGUGAAAUAUUUUGUAAAAUGCAUCUGAGACGUUUCUCGGUAGCGUCUUUGGCUUUAUAUUGUUUUAAAAGCUUGAUGAAUGAUGGCCUGUCGUUUCACUGCAGACACUUGAGGAACUGUUUUA